AGGGCUGCACAACACAAUACUGAAUCUACUGAACAGUGUUCUUUGAGAAACAAUGGCGGCGUGGACUGUCUACCUGUCUCUCUGUCUUCUCGUAGCUUUGACUGCUUCAGAGGAAAUUGAUCCUGUUGUAAAUGAACGUUGUGCUGCCUGUCUGGACGGGUGGUAUGCCUUUGAGUGCAGAUGCUUCAAGUUUUUCAAUUACGCUCUAACGUGGAUUGAUGCAGAGAAAUUCUGCAUGGACUAUGAUGCGAACCUUGCUUCUGUGCACAGCAAUGAUGAGUACAUGCUUAUCCAGAACCUGGUUAGAUACGAAACUGGGGGCUCAACUCGGGCCUGGAUUGGAGGACAUGAUGCUGUUCAGGAGGGAUUUUGGCUCUGGAGUGAUGGAACCAAAAUGAACUUUCAAACAUGGUCUCCUGGAGAGCCUGAUAACGAUGGAUAUGAGCACUGCAUUGAGAUGAACUAUAACUAUGGCAACUGGAAUGAUGAUUCGUGUCAUGUAACAAAGCCGUUUGUGUGUGUGAACUGAAGCAGCAUGUGGAAAAUCAAUAGAAGAAACAAACUAGUUUAACUCAUUUACUUUCCUUAAGAAAUGUUCAGUGGAGGUAAUAAAUGUGUUAAAGAAGGCUGA